UAAGAGGCAUCACUUUGGAUUAGCUCAGCAGUUUUAUGAUGCACUGUGCUGGCGUGUAGCGCUAUAGCUGGAGGAGGAGUCAUUAUCUCAUCGGCGGUUCUUCCUGCCAAACUAUGAUGCUGAUCGGCUACUGAAACCCAGGUUUCCCAGAGCUACAUAGAAGAUGUCCACGAUGGUGUAUCCGAGGGAAGAGAAGCUGGAGAAGCUCUCUCAGGAGGAGAUCAUCUCCAACACCAAGCUGGUGAUACAGGGUCUGGAGGCCCUGAAGAACGAGCACAACUCCAUCCUGCACAGCCUCCUGGAGACCAUCAAGUGCCUGAAGAAGGAUGAAGAGGCCAACCUGGUGCAUGAGAAGUCCAACCUGCUCCGCAAGUCUGUGGAGAUGAUUGAGCUGGGACUGGGGGAGGCUCAGGUGAUGAUGGCUCUGUCCAACCACCUGAACGCCGUGGAGUCAGAGAAGCAGAAGCUGCGUGCUCAGGUGAGGAGGCUCUGCCAGGAGAACCAGUGGCUGCGGGACGAGCUAGCCAACACCCAGCAGAAGCUGCAGAAGAGCGAGCAGAGCGUGGCCCAGCUGGAGGAGGAGAAGAAGCACCUGGAGUUCAUGAACCAGCUGAAGAAAUACGACGAGGACGUCUCACCCACACAGGAGGAAAAAGACCGAGAGACACCGAAGGACUCGUUGGACGACCUCUUCCCCAACGAUGAAGAGGAGCACGGACAAGGAAUGCAGCACCAACACAACAGCGCCGCCGUGGCUGCAGCCCAGCAGGGGGGCUACGAGAUCCCCGCCCGCCUGAGAACCCUGCACAACCUGGUGAUCCAGUACGCCUCCCAGGGCCGCUACGAGGUGGCCGUCCCCCUCUGUAAGCAGGCUCUGGAGGACCUGGAGAAGACGUCUGGACACGACCACCCUGACGUGGCCACCAUGCUCAACAUCCUGGCUUUGGUCUACAGGGAUCAGAACAAAUACAAAGAGGCCGCCCAUCUUCUCAACGACGCUCUGUCCAUCCGGGAGAAAACACUCGGCAAGGACCACCCCGCUGUUGCUGCAACGCUCAACAACCUGGCCGUGCUGUAUGGAAAGAGAGGGAAGUAUAAGGAGGCCGAGCCACUCUGCAAGAGAGCUCUGGAGAUCAGAGAAAAGGUGUUGGGGAAGGAUCACCCAGAUGUGGCCAAACAGCUGAACAACCUGGCUCUGCUGUGUCAGAACCAGGGCAAGUAUGAGGAGGUGGAGUACUACUACUGCCGCGCCCUGGAGAUCUAUGAGUGCAGGCUGGGCCCCGAUGAUCCCAACGUGGCCAAAACCAAGAACAACCUGGCAUCCUGCUACCUCAAACAGGGGAAAUACAAGGAGGCUGAGAUUCUGUACAAAGAGAUUCUGACUCGUGCUCAUGAGAAAGAGUUUGGAUCUGUGGAUGCUGAGAACAAGCCCAUCUGGAUGCACGCAGAGGAGAGAGAGGAGAUGAGCAAGGGCAAGCACAGAGACAACACCCCGUACGGAGAGUAUGGAGGCUGGUACAAGGCCUGCAAAGUCAACAGCCCGACAGUGAAUACCACCCUGAGGAACCUGGGGGCAUUGUACCGCCGCCAGGGGAAGCUGGAGGCGGCCGAGACCCUUGAAGAGUGCGCCAUCAGGUCCCGUAAGCAGAGCAACACAGGCAUCGACCCCAUCCACGGGACCCGUGUGGUGGAGAUCCUGAAGGACACUGAAGGGGACAGGCGGAGGAGCAGGGACAGCCUGACCAGCGUUAAGUAUGAGAGCGGCUCUGAGACCGGCGAGGAAGUGAGUAUGGGCGUGGAGUGGAACGGGGAUGGCAGCGGCGCUCUCCAGCGCGCCGGCUCUUUGGGGAAACUCAGAGACGUUUUACGGCGAAGCAGCGAGCUGCUGGUGAAAAAGCUUCAGGGUAACGGACCUCCUGAACCUCGCAGCACCAACAUGAAGCGAGCCGCGUCCUUGAAUUACCUGAACAAAACAAGUGACGACCAGUUCCAGACUCGAGGUGGUAACUUCAGCGGGAGCCGCGGCCUCAGCUCGAGCACCGUCGACCUUUACACUGGAAACUGAACGACUUCCUGUUCAGGCGCUGCUUCUUUGGCUCGUUCUCUGAGCCGCCACGAUCACCGCCAACACUACCAGACGCCCUCAGGCUCCCAGCACCUAAAAAAAACACCCAAAGACCCGAUUCCUCUGAGAUCCACAUCCCAAAGAUGUCGAUUAGUCACCAAACACCUGCCUACAGACCUGUCUGCUCCUAGGUCCAGGUUCUAUUUUAUGACUCUUUCAUGGUGACUGGUGUCGCCUCAGUGCCUCCACAUGUGGCCAAAACACUGAACCUCGUCUCUGCCCUUGUUCAGAAUCACUGUGAGUCUGCACUUUGUCUUCAGCUGUGGCCAUAAAACACCCAAACUCUUAAAGUCCCCCGCAUCAUGCGUUGAUUUGUUUAGUCUUCUUGUGCCAUUCAUGGUUUUAUUAGUAUAACGUAGAUUUCUGUUGCCUCCAUGAUUAGAAGAUUAGAAGGUCUGCUGGGUUUCAAGUGUCUCGUUGUAAAGAUGUAAAUCCUGCUUUUUAUUUCUUUUUAGUGGUUUAAUGUUUGCCUGUUGAGAUUUAUUUGCAAUGCGAGGUGUUGGUUUAAGCUUUGGGAGACAGGGUGAACCAUGCAUACUGCUGAAUUCAUGUGUUUUUCUUAAAGAAAGUUUAAAAUUUAAAUCCUCUUCAGCUUCAGGAUCCAGGUGUGUUGUUUCUGCACACAGAAACUAAAGAACGGUCACUGGGGUCGUUUAGACCUUCAUGAAACAUCCGUUUGGGGCUUUAAGCCUAAAGCACCAGUUAGCAGCCAAAAGGCCGACGCUUUCCUCUUAACUACGCCAAAUAACCCAGAUCUCUGAAAACAGACGGUUCCCAUCACUCUUACAGAAUACAGCUGAUCAGCUGACAGGGUGGACUUCAGUCCCCACUAGUACUCACACAGACUUCUUCUGCACAACCAGUCCAAUCCGGAUCAAUGCAUCCCAGACCACCUCAGUUCACAGUCCGAUCUAUCAGAUAUCAAACUGGAGGUGCAGCCGCACAAAGCGUUAUCCCUUGGUAUCCGUACGCCCUCAACGGAUGUAGCAGUAAUGUCUAGACGACUCCUUUGCAUCAUUAUCGUCCUCAGAGAGCUUAAAAACACAACCAUUCUAAUAAAAAUGUGUUAACUAGUUUGUAAAUAAAAUAAUGAGACUAAAGCGGAUCCAUAUGCCGAUCCGGAUCCACCUGAAUGAUCUCUGGUGCCAUGAGACGUUCACCUGCAGGCCGACUCUUCCACUGUGAACACGAUUUAAAGCUGUUUACAGGUACUCCAGGUGUGAUGCAUAUCCUGAUUUUUACUCUGUGAUAACCAUCGAUUUUGCACAUUUCUCUGAUCGGUGUCUUCUCUCUUUGAUUCUUUUUAUUCUUAGUGAAGCCACGACAAAAAAACUGGAAUGUUCUUUAAUUAUUUUUCCUCUUUGAUGUGUUUUUUCUUCAUAUUUGUUUGAUAAGAUGUAAAAUAAAAUCAGCCAAUCAUGGAAGUCAACUGGAACGUAGCUGGAGUGGAAAUAAGCUUCAUGAUCGUUGUUGGUAAACGUGUUUGUUUGGAUCUGAUUCUCUAAAAUUCCCAAGUAUCUGAAAUAUUUGUUGAUGUGAAUCCGAACCGCUGUGUGAUCCCGAUUCAGAAAUAAAACCAACAAUUUUCUAUUUUUUUGUCUUUUUUUUUUCUUAGAAAGAAAAUCUCCAAUAAACAAAAACAACUGCA